GCUAUCCAUCUACAGAGAAAACCCGCAUAGAUCACAUCACCACACCUAUGAGGAUGGAGGAGGACCGGAGUCACAUGACUGAGAGGAUACUAAACCUCACCCUGGAGAUCAUCUACCUGCUGACCGGAGAGGAUUAUGUUGUAGUGAAGAAGUCUAGUGGGAAGCCAAUCUCAGGAGGAUGGAGCAGGACCCAGAGCCCCACCAUGGUGCCUCCCCCUCAUUCUCCGAUACCUGAGAGGAACAAAGAGCAGAAGAUCCUGGAACUGACCACCAUGAUGGUCCAUCUGCUGACAGGAGAGGUGAGCGGUGCCGGGAAUUCUGGGACAUUCUCCAGUAACAGACAAGGGAUGUGUCUGGAUGAAGGACACAAGGACCUCUACAAGGACGUCAUGAUGGACAAUCAGCCGCCCCUCACAUCACCGGAUGGAUCCAGUCAUGGGAACCCACCAGAGAGAUGUCCCCGGGAUUACAAUAUUGUUGUUAAAGAAGAGGACAAUGAGGAUGAGGAGUAUGGAGUGAUGGAGGAGUUUUCAGAAGGAUGCAAGGAUAUGAUGGAGCCACCUAAUACCAGGAACCUACCAGAGAGAUCUCCCCGUCCUCUGUAUUCCUGGGAUUCCACACAGGAAGGUCACACCAUCCCUCACCAUCAGGUAGAUGUG